AUUCUUUGGUAAACAAGAGAGAUAAACUCAAACAAAGCCACCACUCACAUAAACUUAUAUAAAGACUGAGUGGGUGAAACAUUUUUUUUUCCAAGUAUGGAAGCAAAAUAAUAAUAAAAAUAAUAUAUAAAAUAGAUAGGACUAGUAGAAGCCCAAGCAAAUGGAAGAAGUUGAAAGAAUAUUAAUGGUGCUCUAUAGUAGUAAUAGUACUAUUUUCACAGCCACCAUCUUCCUCUUCAUCCUCAUCAUCAUCUUCAUCAUCCCACGUACCAACCGUUCAAAGACCAAACCAAGGCUCCCUCCGGGGCCACCGGCCAUCCCCAUCAUCGGCCACCUUCAUCUCAUUCGUUCCCUGCCACACCACGCCUUCGACAAACUCGCCGGCCGCUACGGCCCCUUGAUGCACCUGCGUCUGGGCUCCGUCUUGGCCAUCGUUGCCUCCUCACCAGACAUGGCCAAAGAGGUCCUCAAAACUAACGACGCCAACUUCGCCAGCCGUCCCCAGAACCACGCCUCUCGAAGGUUCGGCCACGAUGGCUCCGGUUUAGUUUUCGCACCCUACGGUCCUUACUGGAAGUGGAUCCGCAAGCUCUGCAUGUCCGAGCUCUUGGGUAGCCGCACUGUUGACCAGCUUCUCCCCAUGCGCCGUCUCAGUCUGCAUGACCUACUCAGGACGCUGCUUGAUGCCUCCCGGCGGCGGCAGCAGGUGAACAUCAGCGAAGAGCUAGUCAAGAUGGGCAUUGGCACCGUUGGGAGGAGCUUGGUAGGGUCAACAUCCUUCCGGGAGUACUACUACGGUGGAGAUAACCAUGAUGAUGAUCUGGAUGAGAUGAUGAAGCUAACUAAAGAGGUUAACAUGCUCGUCGGAUCAUUCAACGUGUCUGACUUCAUCCCAGCGCUGGCCAGGUGGGACUUGCAGGGUCUCGACAAGAAGAUCCAGGAUGUUCACCACAGAUUCGAUGCCAUGCUAGAGAGAAUCAUUGAAAGGAAACAAGACCUUAAAUAUUCAAGAAACAACAAUAAUUAUCACCAUAUUAGAUCACAAAACAUCAAAGAUCUGCUGGACAUCGUGCUCGACAUCGCCGACAAUGAUCAUGAUCAAGAGUCUGACAUUAAACUCACCAGAGAAAACAUCAAGAGCUUUGUCCUUGAAGUGUUGGUGGCUGGAUCGGACUCAUCGGCAGCGACAAUGGAAUGGACGUUGGCAGAGCUGAUGCAGCAUCCGGAGAUGCUGGAGAAAGCCAAGUUAGAGAUUGAAGAGGUAGUUGGGAAAGAUAGAAUUGUAGAGGAGAGGGACAUUCCCAAAUUGCCUUAUCUACAAGCCAUUGUGAAAGAGUCUCUGAGGCUCCACCCCGCUGCUGCCUUUGCACUCAGACUUUGCAUCAAUGAUGUCAGGAUAAAGGAUUAUGAUAUCCCAGCUGGGUCACACAUGUUUGUCAAUCUCUGGGCUGUUGGGAGGGAUCCAAGUUACUGGCAGGACCCAUUGGAAUUCAAACCUGAAAGAUUUCUCUUAUUUAAUAGUAAUAAUGAUCAUAAUAAUUAUAAUCAGGAGGAAGAGGAGGAGAUCAUGAAGAUGGUGGACUUUAGAGGGCAGUACUACCAUUACCUGCCAUUUGGAAGUGGGAGGAGAGUGUGUCCUGGGAUGAACUUGGCGCUUCAAGUGGUUCAGGCGACGUUGGGAGCGUUGAUACAGUGCUUCGAGUGGGCACCAGAUGACAAGAAGGUGAUGGAUAUGGCUGAGGGAAUUGGGAUUGUGAUUCCCCGGGCUCAUCCCAUCAUCUGUGUCCCUGUUGCUCGUUUGGAUCCUCUUCCCUACCUCUCUUGACACGAUACUAUACGUACAUGCACGCCUGCUGCUGCUUAUAAUUAAUCAUUAUUAUUAUUAUUAUUAUUAUUAUUAUUAUUAUUAAUAUGUACUUUGUGCUGUAUGUCUGGUUUAUAUAUAUAUACAUGUCAUCGGCCCUCAUGAAUUAUG